AGUCAUAUAUUUUUAAUCAGGCAGUUGCAUGGACGGAUGCCGUAAACUGUCAACAAAGACUGAACCGAUUUGUAAUAAAAGUGUUUAGUAUAGAGUAUUCCGCCACGGUAUAUUUCUUUAGAUAUAUAAUUUCAUUAUCAUUGCAGUGUGUUAUGUCCUACCUCAGGGUAAGAUAAUAGAUGGACAGAGACGUUAGUGUCUCCCUGCAUAAAUACUGUUAAUGCUGUGAUAAUGGUGGUGGAGGUGGAGAGCUUCUAUGGCGUCUACAUGUUGUACUGCAUUAAUCCUAAAUUUAAAGGACGGAUCUAUAUCGGCUUCACCGUGAACCCCGAGCGCAGGAUCGGACAACACAACGCAGGAAGACACCGGGGGGGAGCCAAGCGGACCAGCGGGAGAGGACCGUGGGAGAUGGUCCUCAUUAUUCAUGGCUUUCCCUCUGACAUCGCAGCCCUGAGGUUUGAGUGGGCGUGGCAGCAUCCCCACUCCUCCAGACGGCUCCCCCACGUGUCCCGGCGGUCCAGGAAAGAGUCCAGCCUGCAGUUCCACUGGCGCGUGGUGUCCAACAUGCUGCGGGCGGAGCCCUGGAGCCGGCUGCCGCUCACCGCCCGCUGGCUCAAGCAGGAGUACCGGAUGGACUUCCAGCCCGGCCUGCAGCCGCCCCUGCACAUCCCCGUCUCCUUCGGCAGCGUCAGGGCCAAGAAGAAGCUGCCGCUGGAGCCUGCACCGGAGGAAGAGACCAUGUCCACGUGUUUCAUCUGCAAAGGCCUAGUAAAGGUUUCAGAGAGGCUGCUCUGUUUCCAUCCGUCCUGCGGGAUGAGCAGUCACCUGAUCUGCCUGGCCAGAUCCUUCCUGAAGGUGGAGCCGCUGCAGCUGCUGCCGGUGGAGGGAGAGUGUCCGUCCUGCCGCCGCUCUCUCCUGUGGGGGAGCCUGGUCCGGCAGAAACACGGCUGCCUGGGAGACCUGGAGGAGGAGAAGAUGUCUGCAGCCCAGAGCCACUGGGCAGACGAGCUGCUGCUGUGAAGGAACGGAGGCCAGAGACGUGGAUUUAUUCAACAACAGCAUCGCCAGAAAACCCCGAGGAUUGUGGGUAGAGGUGUCUGUCAGCCUUAAUGAGAAGAUACUGAAACGUCCCUUUUUAAAUUACCUGAAUUAUGUAUUUUAAAUGUUUCAAGGAAAAUGUGGAAAAAAAAAAACUAUUUUUAUGCUUUUGGUAACAAACAAGUGUUUUCAUUCAUCUUAAUGUAUUAAUAAGAAUCUUGUUUUCUGCUUCGCCAGGAAAAAUGUUGAUGUUUUUAAUCAUAUUGCUUGUAUGUUCAUAUUUCAUUGCCUUGUCCUGCAGGGUUGUUUUUGUCUUAUUUAUUAACGUAUGUGAGACUUAAUUUCACGAUGGAUGUAAUUUUAUCUUAUGAUAAACAGAAUAAAACUGAACUUAAACUGACAAAACAAACAAAACGUAACUUUUUUGUCUACACUUGUACUACAAAAGUCCCAACGUAUUUUGUGUGU